AUGAUGGGGUCCUUUCACAUGGAGAAGAAAUGGCAAUUUCCUCUCAUUAUGAUCUCAAUUGUGUUCAUAUUCUUUAUUGCCACGUGCUUUAACAUGGGGCUUGUCUCUACAGUUCACAGCUUCAAUUCAAUAUUAUUCUUUCUCCCAUCUCGCCUAGCCAUAAACCAAUCUGCUCCAGUUUUUGUGGAGACUAAGAUUUCUGCUACUGCUCCAGAUCCUACUGUGCAUGCAAUUCCUCGCUUUGCUUAUUUGAUUUCUGGCUCAAAAAGUGACUUGGAGAAGCUUUGGAGAACUCUUCUAGCCCUUUACCAUCCCCUGAACCAUUAUAUUGUUCAUUUGGACCUCGAGUCACCAUUAGAGGUGAGGUUGGAGCUUGCUUCUAGAAUUGAGAAACAGCCUAUCUUCGCUGAGGUUGGAAAUGUUUUCAUGAUUCAGAAAGCUAAUAUGGUCACUUACAGAGGACCAACCAUGAUUGCUCACACUCUUCAUGCUUGUGCCAUUCUGCUCAAGAGAACUAAAGACUGGGAUUGGUUUAUUAACCUUAGUGCUUCAGAUUACCCUCUUGUGACUCAGGAUGAUCUUUUAUAUGCUUUUUCUGAUUUAGACAGAAGCCUUAACUUCAUUGAGCACACAAGUCGUUUGGGAUGGAAGCUGGAAAAACGAGCAAUGCCUUUAAUUAUUGAUCCAGGUCUUUACAGGACAAACAAGUCUGAUGUUUUUUGGGUUGGUCCUAAGAGAACUUUGCCAACAGCCUUUAAAUUAUUUACUGGUUCAGCAUGGAUGGUUUUAUCACGCUCCUUUGUAGAAUAUGUUGUUUGGGGUUGGGAUAAUCUUCCAAGGACCCUUCUUAUGUACUACACUAAUUUCGUAUCCUCCCCUGAAGGCUACUUUCAGACUGUUGUGUGCAAUGAGCCAGAACUAGCCAAAACUGUUGUGAACAGUGACUUGCAUUUUAUUUCAUGGGACAAUCCUCCCAGACAGCACCCUCAUGUCCUUACCACCAAUGACACAAACAAAAUGAUUGCAAGCAAAGCUGCCUUUGCUAGGAAAUUUAAGCACAAUGAUCCAGUCUUGGAUGUGAUUGAUAAACAAUUACUAAACAGGAAAAAGGAACAGCUAUUCACCCCUGGUGGUUGGUGUGCUGGCAACCCCACAUGUUCCAAGGUUGGGAACAUUUACAAGAUUACACCUGGUCCUGGAUAUCAAAGGCUUCGGUUCCUUGUUACUAGGCUAACUUGGAUGGCUAGAUUUGGUCAGAAACAGUGUAAAUAG